GCCGCCGCGGCAAAACACCCCGCAUGGGGAAAAGCCACCGGGCGUGAUAUUGACAAAAAUGCAUUAUGAGGAACCGGAGCGCCGCCGCGCGGCGAGUAUGUAUGAAACGAGCGCCCCUCACGUGUUUCCGCGAAGGGAGGAAGUGGAAGUUGCCCGCAUCCAGUUAAUGUCUGCCGUCGUCUGCCCCGCUUUGGACGAAGAAAAAAAAAACAAGAGUCGUGGAGAAUGGCAGACGGUGGAGUCGACGAGCUGUCGCAGCUCGAAUAUUUGUCUUUGGUGUCCAAGGUCUGCACGGAGCUCGACAACCAUCUGGGAAUAAGUGACAAAGAUUUAGCCGAAUUUGUCAUCAGCCUCGCCGAAAAACAACCGACCUUCGAUGGAUUCAAGGCUCUUUUGCUCCAAAAUGGGGCCGAAUUCACCGAUUCUCUCAUCAGCAAUUUGCUCAGGCUCAUUCAGACCAUGCGACCACCAUCCCAGGCCACUACAAGUAAAGCCUCUGAGACUUUGGUCAUGCCGAAGACAGAAAAGGAGAAGUUGAAGGAGAUGUUUCCUGCCCUAUGUAGACCAAAUGAUCCAGCACCAAAGAAACUACUAGAUGAAGAUGAUGUGAAAGUAGCAGCUGAUGCCAUGAAGGAGCUGGAGAUGUUUAUGCCCAGUGUCAGUGGGACAGACUCUAAAAGCAGCAAGAGCAGGCUAGAAAAGAGCAGACGCCACAGCCGAAGUCGCAGCAGAAGCAAAGAAAGAGACCGACACAGAGACCGAGACAGGGAUCGGGAGAGGGACAGGGACAGGAAGAGAAGACAUCGUUCUCGAUCCCGUUCCAGAUCCAGGUCUCGCUCCAGAGACCGUGAUCGACACAGAGAUAAAGACCGAGAUCGUGGCAAAAGAAGAGACAAAUCUUCCCGCUGGAGUGAUCGUUCACCUAGCCCCAGAAAAGACCAAGACAGAGACUCUGACCGCUGGAAGGACAAACAUGUGGACCGCCCUCCCCCAGAGGAGCCUUCUGUUGGAGACAUCUACAAUGGCAAAGUCACAAGCAUCAUGCAGUUUGGAUGCUUUGUUCAACUGGAGGGUUUAAGGAAACGAUGGGAGGGUUUGGUCCACAUCUCAGAGCUGCGUAGAGAGGGCCGUGUGGCCAAUGUGGCUGAUGUUGUCAGCAAAGGCCAAAGAGUCAAAGUCAAGGUGCUCUCAUUCACUGGCUCUAAGACCAGCCUCAGUAUGAAGGAUGUGGACCAGGAGACAGGAGAAGACCUGAACCCCAACAGGAGGAGGAACGUAGGCCCAGACGGAGGGGAGGAGAUCUCCCUGAGGAAUCCUGACCAGCCGAGCAACGUGAACCUGGGCCACGCCCCUGAGCUGGAGCAGGACGACACCCUGGAACGCAAGAGGCUCACUAAAAUCUCGGACCCAGAGAAGUGGGAGAUCAAACAGAUGAUAGCCGCCAAUGUGCUGUCCAAGGAAGAGUUCCCUGAUUUUGACGACGAGACUGGGAUUCUUCCUAAAGUUGAUGAUGAAGAGGAUGAAGACUUGGAAAUUGAGCUCGUUGAAGAGGAACCACCAUUCCUACGAGGACACACCAAACAAAGCAUGGACAUGAGCCCUGUCAAGAUUGUCAAGAAUCCAGAUGGCUCUCUGUCCCAGGCGGCCAUGAUGCAGAGUGCUCUGGCCAAGGAGAGACGAGAGCUGAAGCAGGCUGCACGCGAGGCAGAGAUGGACUCCAUCCCCAUGGGGCUGAAUAAACACUGGGUUGACCCGCUGCCAGAUGCUGAUGGCAGGCAGAUCGCAGCCAACAUGAGAGGCAUUGGUAUGAUGCCCAAUGACAUCCCAGAGUGGAAGAAACAUGCCUUUGGGGGCAACAAGGCCUCCUAUGGAAAGAAGACCCAGCUGUCAAUCCUGGAGCAGAGGGAGAGCCUGCCCAUCUACAAACUGAAGGAGCAGCUCAUUCAGGCUGUUCAUGACAACCAGAUCCUGAUUGUGAUUGGAGAGACCGGGUCUGGUAAGACAACACAGAUCACUCAGUAUCUGGCAGAGGCAGGUUACACCACCCGGGGGAAGAUUGGCUGUACGCAGCCUCGUCGUGUAGCCGCCAUGUCAGUGGCCAAGAGAGUGUCCGAGGAGUAUGGUUGUUGUCUAGGACAAGAGGUGGGUUACACCAUCCGUUUUGAGGACUGCACUAGCCCUGAGACGGUAAUCAAGUACAUGACGGACGGUAUGCUGCUGAGAGAGUGUUUGAUUGACUCCGAAUUAGGCCAGUACGCCAUUAUCAUGUUGGAUGAAGCUCACGAGAGGACAAUCCAUACUGAUGUUCUCUUUGGCCUGCUCAAGAAGACUGUACAGAAACGCACCGACAUGAAGCUGAUUGUAACAUCAGCUACACUGGACGCUGUGAAGUUCUCUCAGUAUUUCUAUGAAGCGCCCAUCUUCACCAUCCCAGGCAGAACAUAUCCAGUGGAGGUUCUUUACACCAAAGAGCCUGAGACAGACUACCUGGAUGCCAGUCUCAUCACUGUCAUGCAGAUCCACCUGACUGAACCUCCAGGUGACAUCCUGGUGUUUCUGACUGGACAGGAAGAGAUCGACACGGCCUGUGAGAUCCUGUAUGAGCGAAUGAAGUCACUGGGACCUGAUGUUCCUGAACUGAUUAUUCUGCCAGUGUAUUCAGCCCUGCCCAGUGAGAUGCAGACCAGGAUCUUUGAUCCCGCACCCCCAGGCAGCAGAAAGGUGGUCAUUGCGACAAACAUUGCAGAGACGUCUCUGACGAUCGAUGGGAUUUACUAUGUAGUAGACCCUGGCUUUGUCAAGCAAAAAGUCUACAACUCUAAGACUGGCAUUGACCAACUUGUGGUGACUCCCAUUUCACAGGCCCAGGCCAAGCAGAGGGCAGGUCGAGCCGGCAGAACGGGCCCAGGGAAGUGUUACAGGCUCUACACUGAGAGAGCCUACAGAGAUGAGAUGCUGACCACCAACGUGCCUGAGAUCCAGAGAACCAACUUGGCCAGCACUGUGCUGUCUCUGAAGGCAAUGGGCAUCAAUGACCUCCUGUCCUUUGACUUCAUGGAUGCUCCUCCCAUGGAGACUCUGAUCACAGCCAUGGAGCAGCUCUACACUCUGGGAGCUCUAGACGAUGAAGGAUUACUCACACGGCUGGGUAGACGGAUGGCUGAGUUCCCUCUGGAGCCCAUGCUGUGUAAGAUGUUGAUCAUGUCCGUCCAUCUGGGCUGCAGUGAAGAGAUGCUCACCAUCGUGUCAAUGCUGUCUGUGCAGAAUGUCUUCUACAGGCCUAAGGACAAGCAGGCCUUGGCUGACCAGAAGAAGGCAAAGUUUCACCAACCUGAAGGUGAUCACCUCACCUUGCUGGCUGUCUACAACUCCUGGAAGAACAACAAGUUCUCCAACCCCUGGUGUUAUGAGAACUUCAUCCAGGCUCGCUCCCUGCGCAGAGCCCAGGAUAUCCGCAAACAGAUGCUGGGCAUCAUGGACAGACAUAAACUAGAUGUGGUAUCUUGUGGAAAAGCCACAGUGCGAGUCCAGAAAGCCAUCUGCAGUGGUUUCUUCAGGAAUGCGGCCAAAAAGGACCCUCAAGAGGGCUACAGAACCCUCAUAGACCAGCAAGUUGUAUACAUUCACCCCUCCAGUGCUCUGUUCAACCGCCAGCCUGAGUGGGUUGUGUACCAUGAGUUGGUGCUAACUACCAAGGAAUAUAUGCGAGAGGUGACCACCAUCGACCCUCGCUGGCUGGUGGAGUUUUCUCCAGCCUUCUUCAAAGUGUCUGACCCCACACGCCUCAGCAAGCAGAAGAAACAGCAACGCCUCGAACCUCUGUACAACCGUUACGAGGAGCCCAACGCUUGGAGGAUCUCCCGUGCCUUCAGACGGCGCUGAUGGGGGUUGAGGUUACAAAUACCGAAGACCGGUGGAUUGUCCUGUUCCAGCACCGGGCGUGUGAUCAGACCCUGCUGAUUGAAGUUUGUACCAUCACAACUCGACUUAAAGCAGUGUAUUCACUCCUUUUAAAAUUUGUACACAUUGCACAUUUUCCCCCAGCAGUUACUACAUUAACCUACUACAUUAAUCUUCUGUGAGGAGAUUCUGCAAAACAAUGGACUGUCUAUUUUGACACUGUACAUUUUAACAGCACGUUAUGCAGAAAUCAGAACCUGAUUGAGUCGUAACGGGGCCUUUAUAUUUCACUAGUCAGUACUUUCUGGUCAGACCGUAAGGAUGGAAUGUAUAUGUUUGUUAGAUUUUGUACUAUAACUGGGACAACUUUCACUCACUCGUCUAUCUGAGACUGUUUUUUGCUACACUUACCACUGAAACUAUGAAAACGUGUCCUCAUUAAAUACAUUUUUUUGAAAGUCGGUCUGAUUUUGUUGUGAACUUUAAAUGGAUGGAAAGGUAUACACGGUGAUAUUUUACUGAGGGGAGGGAGAUUUUGGUUUUGUGGCUUCUUUUUUUUUUUUACCCAAGCCACACAAAAGUUUAACCAAAACCAAAAUGUUUGAAUGGGAUUAUUUCAAAUGUGACACACAAAAAAACCCCAACAACUGAUCAGAAUACUCUUUAAUCUGGAAAUAAUAGGUUUUAAUGUUAUAUCUAAGAAUGUAGUGGAAUAACAAAGGUCAAUUACUGGCUAUAUCAGUCAAAAAGAGCAACAUGUUGUAUUUGUCCUUGAAUGCUUCCCUUAAAAGCAAUACCCGUUUAACACGCUUGUCUUGUCUAAUCAAAUACCCACUCAGGACAUAGCAGAGGAAAAAAAGGGCCUUUGAUUACCAGGGAAGUGCCCCAUUCGGUGAAUUCAAAUCGAAAACUGCAACAUUAUGCCGCGUAUUUCCACUUGAACUUUUAACUCCAUUCAAAUCUAGCUAUACUAUUUUGUCAUUCAUUAGAAAAUCCUUCUUUUAUGUCAAAAUAGCUGUACAACAGUGAAAAAGUACUAUGAUACUUGCAUUUGAAAUUUUAUUCUAUUAAUGUGUUAUCAGUACAAUGCACCUGAAGUAUCAAAAAUAAAGGAAAAUU